GUCACGCUGACGACGGGCGAAGGGCACAGAUCUGAGGGCCCGGAGGACGUUCGGCCUCUGUGAGCCGCAGCCUGUGAGAAGGAGCGGUUCGGUGUUCGCCAUCUUAGUGAGAAGAUGUUCUCGUCCGUGGCGCACCUGGCGCGGGCGAACCCCUUCAACGCGCCGCACCUGCAGCUGGUGCACGAUGGCCUCGCGGGCCCGAGCAGCAGCCCCGCCGGGCCCCCGGGCGUCCCGCGCCGACCCCGCAAGUUGGCUGCCGCCGCCGCCACGGAAGAGCAGUAUAGCUGUGCCUAUGGAUCUGGCAGAUUCUUUAUCCUUUGUGGACUUGGAGGAAUUAUUAGCUGUGGCACCACCCAUACAGCAGUGGUUCCUCUAGAUCUGGUUAAAUGCAGAAUGCAGGUGGAUCCCCAAAAGUACAAGGGCAUAUUUAAUGGAUUCUCAGUCACACUUAAAGAGGAUGGCGUUCGUGGUUUGGCAAAAGGAUGGGCUCCAACUUUCAUUGGCUACUCUAUGCAAGGGCUCUGCAAGUUUGGCUUUUAUGAAGUCUUCAAAGUCUUGUAUAGCAACAUGCUUGGUGAGGAGAAUGCCUAUCUGUGGCGUACGUCACUAUACUUGGCUGCCUCUGCCAGUGCUGAGUUCUUUGCUGACAUUGCCCUGGCUCCUAUGGAAGCUGCUAAAGUUCGAAUUCAAACUCAACCAGGUUAUGCUAACACUUUGAGGGAUGCUGCUCCCAAAAUGUUUAAGGAAGAAGGCCUAAAAGCAUUCUACAAGGGAGUUGCCCCUCUCUGGAUGAGACAGAUACCUUACACCAUGAUGAAGUUUGCCUGCUUUGAACGUACGGUUGAAGCAUUGUACAAGUUUGUGGUUCCUAAGCCCCGAAGUGAAUGUACGAAGGCGGAGCAGCUGGUUGUAACAUUUGUGGCAGGCUACAUAGCUGGGGUCUUCUGUGCAAUUGUUUCUCACCCUGCCGAUUCUGUGGUAUCUGUGCUAAAUAAAGAAAAAGGUAGUAGUGCUUCUCAGGUCCUCCAGAGACUUGGCUUUAAAGGCGUGUGGAAGGGACUCUUUGCCCGUAUCAUCAUGAUCGGUACUCUGACUGCACUACAGUGGUUCAUCUAUGACUCUGUGAAAGUCUACUUCAGGCUCCCUCGCCCUCCUCCACCUGAGAUGCCGGAGUCCCUGAAGAAGAAGCUUGGGUUAACCCAGUAGAGCACAGCAACUGUGGACUGAAUCUGCUUGUUGAUCAGUGUUGAUUGAACAAAAGUACAAAAGGAACUUUUAUAUCUAUGACAGUGUAGGAAAUUGUCUAUUCCUGAUAAAAUUAUUGUAGUACCCUUGCUUAAGGCAAGAGUUCAAACACUGCUGAAAUAAACCCAUCUGUUCAUGAUU